CACACUGGGUCUGUGAGCCGCUUGAAUGCAACAUGUGGAAACAGGUGGAAGGAGCAAGAACGAGCUUGAGCUUCAUGGAGCGAGUUCUUGAGGAGCUGGCAAAAGAAUUUUGGGAGGAAAAAGCAAGAAAUCAGGGCAACAGACCUGAUGAUAAUGAAGAAGGCAAAAGACAAUCAGAGGCCAAGGAGAGAGAUGGCUUUUCUCUGUCCCUGGAUGUCCAGCGAUUCUCCCCAGAAGAGCUGAAUGUGAAACUACUUGGAAGAAAAAUGCUGGUGACAGGAAAACACGAGAAGAAAAUUGAUGAUGGCAGCGGCUCUUCCAUCUACAAAUAUGAAGAGUUCAGGAGAGAAUUUCAGCUGCCAGAAGAUGUCAAUGCUGAAGCUCUUAACUGCUGUAUGUCAUAGGACGGUCGGUUAAAGGUUCAAGUCCCACGCCUGGCACUGCCAGCUGUGAAUGAACGAACCGUGCCCGUCAACAUCACCUCGGAUACAACAACCAGUCCCCGGCUAAAUCCUGGUCAAGAGGCACAGAACCUGGAAAGUGGAAAAUAUGAGAGGAAAUAUGAGGAGCAAGUAAAAAUGGACAAUUAAAUCUCAUUUACAGCCAUCUUUUGUAUGGUGUAAGAAUUCUAUACGUGCAGAACUGAUUUUCUGAGACCAUGAUAUGAAGGCAUAAUGCUAAAAUUAAUUGUUAAAUUGCAUGUGUGUAUUGUACUUUUAUAAACAAUCAUGUGGGUUAUUUUUAUGUAUG